AUUUAACCCACCGGUAACACUGUGGGGUUUUAGAUUUUAUUGCUGAGCUUUGACGUUGAAAAAGACGUCCUUUCCCGUGUUUGACUCGGAAAAUCAGUGAGAGAAAAUGCCACCCAAAAAGGCAGUCGCUGGGGCCCAGCUUGCGGAAGGAAAGGGAAAGUGCGUCCAUUGCGCAGUCGCAGCGGAAAGGAUCUGUCAGCGCUGCGGGGACUACUACUGCUCCAAGGACUGUCAGGUCCAGGAUUGGCCACGUCAUCGCUACAUUUGCAUCCCUCUGCCCGCUCUGGUCUAUCCCAAGUCUCAUUCGGUGUUCCAGAGCAGCCAUGAGUUAUCUUUAGAGGUUGAUAGUGAUAAAACCGUAGUUGGGGCAACUCUAGCCCCCUCUCCAAGCCUAAUUCCGGAUGUGGAGGGCAAUAAGAUUUGCAGUACCAGCAAUAUUGCACCCCAAAACAAAGUUCCGAUUCUUCCCACACCCCCCACGCAACUCAUCUCGAAUAACAGCGGCAACAAGGCGAAAAACAAAAACAUUUCACUGCCAAAUGCGAUCAUGCCUCCCAGCAAUAGUCUGGUAUUUAUGAUGGCAUUCAAGUCCGCGAAUCGCUGCUAUAUUCGCGAUGCCAGAGAAGUUGCUGACAGGGCAUUUGCCCAAAUGUGCGAAAAGGUUAAUACCAUUGGAAAUGAGCUUCCCCGAAUGGUGAAGCCACGUCCCUUUGGAUUCUGCCUGGCUCGUCAUAAUGGGACAUUCCAGCGGGCCAAGACGAUGAACGUCUUUGGUAAUCACUCCGCCCGACUACAACUUCUGGAUCAUGGAGUUGUUAAGUCGAGAACUAUUUCGGACAUGAGGGAGAUCAAUGAUGAGUUGUUAUCCCUGCCCUGCUUCACUCUGCAGGUGCAGCUCAAGGAUGUGCCCAACUAUGCGAUAAGCGACGAUUUCUUCGCAUUCAUCUCUCAAUUCGAGGGCGAGAUGUAUGUGGCAGUCCAUGAAAAAACUCCUGGGUGCAUACAAGUAGAACUAUUGCAUCCAGAGACAAAAAUGUCACUUAAUGCAAAAAUACGUGAAUAUUGCGCCAACAAAAAGAUUUACGAAAAUAUGAACUCUUAUAAAAAGAAUGAGAAGCUUAAUCGUCCAAAUCCCCCAUCAGGUCAGCAAACUACCAAAGAUAAUAAAAAUCUUGCAAGUCCUGUGGUUAAUAAUUCCCUGGCUGUUUCUCAAGGAUCACAAAUGUUUACCCAGGAAUUUUUAAAAAUGCCAGAAACUGAAGUAAAGAAUCAGAGCGAUCCUAAAAAUUCUUUGUCUUUCUCAGACAAAAAUAAAGAGACACCAAAGAACCCGAGUCCAACAACUGGACAAGAAUCAAUUUCUCAAAAUCAGUCCAAACCAGUUUCUGAAGUCGGUAAUAAUACUCCAGCAAAAGUAUCCUUAAAAAAUAAAGAAACUGAAGUAAGCAUUCAGAGCGAUCAAAUUCAAGGAGUAACAGCUGCUUCAACCCAGGAAACCAUAAAGAAAGAUGAGCCAAGUGACUUAUUCGGUUCUUAUUUCAAACAAAGGGGUAUUACAGAGCAGGAUCUUAAGAAAAUGUCCCCAAGCGAAGUAUUUAGCGUUUUUUUUGGAUCCCGCGCGAACAUUAAAGAUAGUAAAGAAACUCCCACCGUUGACCUUUCUAAGGACCUUUCAGUUAACCAUGAAAAUAAUAUUCCCAAAAAGCCUGCUGUUGAGGAUUUAUUUAGCGUAUUUUUUGGAUCCCGCGCAGACAUUAAAGAUAGUAAAGAAACUUCCACCGUUGACCUUUCUAAGGACCUUUCAGUUAACCAAGAAAACAAUAUUGACAAAAAGCCUGCUGUUGAGGAGUCGAAAAAAGCUGAAAAUAUCAUUUCCAAGACUUUAGUUGGAUCCACAACCAAAGAAGAAGGAGCAAGCAGCCUUGAAAUUAAGAAAUUAUCCAAUCUUACACUUGAGGUACCUAGUAACGAUGAAAAACCAACCACCGUUGAUCAGGCUAUUAAACCUGCUCCUGAAAUUGUAUCAAAACCCAAAGAUGAAGAAGUAAAAGAAUUUUUAAGCAAAUGCCUAGCUGCGAAAAUUACUCAUCCAUCUGAAAAUUCGAAAAGUGAUCGAGCAGUUCCAUUGGAAUUACCAAAACUUAAAGAAUUAUUGGAUUCGCUGUCUAUCUCUAAAGCUAAUCCCCAAGAAAAUGGUAUUGUAAGGAAAAAAAAUGAAGCUCUACUUAAACCUCCUUUUGAGCUACGCCGUUUCACAACUCAUAGUAAGGAAGGCAUUGAUAUAUAUGUUGUGGACAGUUCAAAGAAGGAUCGUGGAAUUUUUGGGGCUUUUGACAGCACAUACGCCGGUGAAUUUUCCACCUUGCACAGUCGUUUGUCGGUAAUUACCGAUUCGGAUCCCUAUAUACCACAGCUUAGGGAAUAUGUUCUCGCCCGUUUCGAGGGUUCCUGGUAUCGCGGUCGAGUGGAGCAGAUCAUUACUAUCCCGCAACAUCCGACGAAAUACCGAGUGAUGUACUUGGACUACACCAAUGUGGAGGAUAUAUAUGAGAUCGAUAUUCGUCGCUAUCCGUUGGACUUCACCACUCCUUGUACCACAAAUAUUUGCGUGAUUGAAGAUUUUCCGCAUAAACCGAAUGCUGCACAGAUUUCCUUUUUAUCGCACGCCUUGAAGGUCCACCAACUAGUACAUGUUGACAGCGUCAAUUAUCUAAAUAAUAUUGCCAUCAUUAAAUCACGAUCUCUGAUUCAGAAGCUGCUGAGCUUGUAAUCGCAUAUAAUGCCUUAAUUUUACAUCAUGAAAAAACGAAAAACCCGCAGAAUUUUUGAUAGCGCCCAUGUAUUAAACAAUUCUGUAUCAUGUUGUCAAAUACAAGGCGUUUCCAAAUUUCCGACCAUACUCAAUAAGCAUUAUGAUUUAUAAUUUUUAAAACAUUUAUGUAUAAAUAAAAUUCAAUUAAAUAACAACGUUAAA